CCGCUGCCGCCUUCGCCGCGCUGCCCGGACCGGUUACAGCGGGGGCUGCGGCGGCGCCGUUGAACCCGCUCGUCCCCCUCGGCGCGGCCGUCACCGUGCCGCCCCUCCACACACACCUCAUUCCCACCCCCGGCGGAGCGGCGGUUGGAUGGGGCGGCGCUGAGCGGCGGCGCGGCGGCGGGGAGCCAUGCUGUCGAGGAAGGGGAUCAUCCCCGAGGAGUAUGUGCUGACCCGGCUGGCAGAGGAUGUGCCGGAUCAUGCCCGGUACCGCGCCCGGGAGCGGAGGGCGCGUUUCGUGGGCAAGAACGGGGCCUGCAAUGUGGCCCAUAAAAACAUACGGGAGCAGGGACGCUUCCUCCAGGACGUCUUCACCACGCUGGUGGACCUCAAGUGGCCCCACACGCUGCUUAUCUUCACUAUGUCUUUCCUGUGCAGCUGGCUGCUCUUUGGCAUGGUCUGGUGGCUCAUAGCCUUUGCCCAUGGGGACUUGGACCACAGCACCCGGAUGCAGCGUGACCCCGGAGAGGGUGCCUCAGGGUCCCUGGACAGCUUCGUGCCCUGUGUGACCAGCAUCCACUCCUUCACCUCUGCCUUCCUCUUCUCCAUCGAGGUGCAGGUGACAAUCGGCUUUGGUGGACGCAUGGUGACAGAGGAGUGCCCAGCUGCCAUCCUGGUACUGAUUGUACAGAACAUUGUGGGGCUGGUGAUCAACGCCAUCAUGCUGGGCUGCAUCUUCAUGAAGACUUCGCAGGCCCACCGCCGCGCCGAGACGCUCAUCUUCAGCAAGCACGCGGUCAUCGCCCUGCGGGAGGGCAAGCUCUGCUUCAUGCUGCGAGUGGGGGACCUCCGCAAGAGCAUGAUCAUCAGCGCCACCAUUCGCAUGCAGGUGGUGAAGAAGACCGCCAGCCUGGAAGGGGAGGUGGUGCCCCUCAACCAGAUUGACAUCCAGAUGGAGAACCCCGUCGGGGGCAACAGCAUCUUCCUCGUCUCCCCCCUUAUCAUCUACCACGUCAUAGACAAGAACAGUCCUCUCUACGACAUCUCCCCCGUGAACCUUCACCACCACGAGGACCUGGAGAUUAUUGUCAUCUUGGAAGGAGUGGUGGAGACCACCGGAAUCACCACUCAAGCCAGAACCUCCUACUUGGCAGACGAAAUCCUCUGGGGCCAAAGGUUUGUGCCCAUUGUGGCAGAGGAAGAUGGGCGAUAUUCUGUAGACUACUCCAAAUUUGGCAACACAGUGAAAGUGCCCACCCCUUCAUGCACUGCUAGGCAGCUGGAGGAGGACAAGAGCAUUAUGGACACCAUGCCACUGUCCCCUAAAGGCACAAUAAGAAAGAGGUCUGUCAAGCUAAAGCCCAAGUUUACCCUGAGUGAUGAACCUUCCUGAUGCCUUUUGACUAAGAAAACUCUCUUAGGACUCUGUGUCUGAAAGAUCUCAUAAACUCAAAGCACUGAGGUGGCCUCUUUUUUGUUUGUUUUGAUUCAGGUUGGUAGCACAAGGUAUGUUCUGGUGUUAUUUAUUUUGGGAUAAAUCUAAAGGUAAUUAUAUUUUUUUAAAGGUGUGAGAUUUCAAGCAGCUCUGGGAGUAAAAGAAUUGUGGUCUGCAGCUUUAAAUUUCAGUUCAGACUGUCCUAUUUAAUUGCACAAUCAUGUUGCAUUGAUUCAUCUGCAGAUAAUGACAUCUUUUCACAAAAUCCUCAGAGGUUGCAGUAAUUAGGGUCUUGCAGUGUCCUCGAGGCAGUAGUUUUAAAUUGUUUUUCUCUAACUUAAACAAUCAAUAUAGCAAAAUGAAAUAUUUAUGAAGUAGACUGAAUUUAAGUUAUAACAAAAGGGUCAGGCAAUUUUAUGUAUGACACCAGAGCAGAUCUGGAAGUGUCUGUGAAUAAAACUAUGCCUCAAAGAAAUUUGUGGCCAGAUUUGCUUAAUCCAUAUUGUAUCAUAUGGAGCCACUCCUACAACAUGCAAUAGGAAAUGUAUUGGAGUAUUUACUUUUGUUUAUUUUAAAGCCCUUUACACUUCCAAAAUAAAACAUUCAGGAAUACAUUUUUGGGCUGUACGUUUCUAAUGGUAAGCAGUGAUUUGGCUUUAAAAAGAGCAGUGGAUACUGUAGAACUGAAAUUAAUUAUAAAUAGGCAAAAAAAAAAAUCUGUAUUCUGAUUUCCAGAUGAAAAGAAGUGAAAUGCACACACAGAGCCACAUGGCAAUAGGAUAAUCUCUCCCUUAUGUCAGAAUGAAUUCUGUUAGAUAAUCAGGGAAUAUUAUAGCUAUUUUAAAGGAAAGGGAAUGCUGAAUGCUGAACUUCGGUAUCUGUAUGCAGUAGGAAAACCUUUUGCUCCUUUCCCUUUUGUUUUUGUUUUUGGGGAAAGGAGGGAUGUGGACAAUGUGGUUGCUUCUGAGAUGCUGUCACAAAACACUCCUACUGAGGAAGCAGUUCUCGGUUACAUCUUGAGCUCCCCACGCAGCCAGUGCCUGUUUUGAUUUUAGCUGAAUUCAAGAUCUGGCAUUUAGUGGCAAAUGUGAAGGAGCUGUGUUCAACCCCUCAGUUCAAGCGACAGUGGGAGCCCCCCAGCACUCCUGCAAAUCCUCUUAGUAACAGCAGCAGUUUUACAUCUGUGCAGGGUUGUUAGGAGGUAGCACUAGCAUUUGCUACAGUGUGCUAGAACAGUUAAUCAAGUAAAAAAAGAUAACAUUGUCCAAACAAAACCUCAAUAAGCUUUACAGAACUGAUCCAACACCUGGUUACACAAGCUGCACAGAAGCACCAAGUUACUUGCAACUUAGUUAUUCAAGGAGCUUCUAGUAUCAAUUUCUUGUGUGUUACGUAGUUCACAACAGACACCUAAAACUGUUAUUGUUUUGGAAAUAAUAUGGCUGUCUUGACAGUGCAAUGAUAUGAAAAACUUACCCAGAGUGCAACAAAGCUUUCAUAUUGACUAUGGAAUAUUUCCAGGCAUCUGUAUUAAAAUGAAAUCAUGUUUGGGUAAAAUCAAAGGUCGUUUUAAAAUGCUAAAGUAAUUGUUAUCUUUUCAGUAUUUGUGUGUUUCAGUUUUAUGAAGACCAUUCUCAGCAUUCUCAGACUGCCAGUUAAGAGAAUAAAUGCCUGUUCAGUCUCCGAAUUCCCAUAGUCAAACUAUGGGAAUAGUCAAACUAACAUUAAUGAGUAGUCAGCAAGGAACAUUUGGAAAGGCAUAUUUUGCAUUUGUAAUCAUAAAACAUCCUAUUUUUAAAAAUAAGGAAUCGUUAAAUGCCUUUGGUGAUUAAAUUUCUUCUCUAAGA